CCUGCUGCAAGCUGGGACGCGCAGGCGGCAUCUCAGCUUGUUGCUGCUCAGUCUUCACUGCAUGGAGCGCUACAAUCUCUAAAUAAAACCCGGCAUGUUUUAUUCCUGGUAAUCGGAGCAUUUAUAGGGUGAUGUGUGGGACUGACUGAGUCGAAUGGGGCUGCUGGAUAAACUGUCAGGCUGGCUGGGCCUGAAGAAGAAAGAAGUCAAUGUGUUGUGUUUGGGGCUGGACAACAGCGGCAAAACAACCAUCAUCAACCAGCUCAAGCCUGCCAACAAUUCUAAUCUUUUAGGCCCAUUCUCAGAGGAGUGGAAACAUGUUAGUCAGGCACAGGCACAAGACAUAGUGCCCACAAUCGGGUUCAAUAUUGAAAAGUUCAAGAGUUCAAGCCUUUCCCUCACCGUAAUGGACAUGUCUGGCCAGAGCAGAUACAGAAACCUGUGGGAGCACUAUUAUAAAGAAAGCCAUGCCAUCAUAUUUGUCAUCGACAGCAGUGACAAGCUGAGGAUGGUUGUUGCCAAAGAGGAGCUUGAUACUCUUCUCAAGCAUGGAGAUAUGUGCAGUAAAAAGCUGCCUGUGUUGUUCUUUGCGAACAAGAUGGAUCUACGAGAGGCCAUGUCUUCUGUCAAGGUCUCCCAGAUGUUGUGUUUGGAGAAUAUCAAAGACAAACCUUGGCACAUCUGUGCCAGCAAUGCCAUAGAAGGAGAAGGCCUGCAGGAAGGAAUGGACUGGCUUCAAGAACAAAUUGCACAGUCAUAUCAAAACAAUGAGCUCAUGAAUGAAUGAAGAGCAGUGAGAGAGCUGGGACUUCAUCGAGGGAUUAAGCUUAAUGUUUAAGGCCAUGAAAGCAAACUAGAAGAUUUACAUUUUGUUAUUUUCUACACGUUUAUAGUCUUAUUGUAUCUUGCAUAACUUUAUUGUGUGUAUAAAGAUUGAUUAUUAUUAUCAUUUUCAAGGACAUUAUGUGCAGCAAUCUUUCCACAUAAAACAUGUACCUUUUAUUUGUGAGCAUGUUUUUUUUCCUUUGCAUGCAUACAAAUGAUCCUUUUUAUUUUUUAUAAAUUAAAUAAUGUUUUAUGACAGAGAACAAUACAAGUUUGGUACAGAUUUUAUUGUUAUUUUGUUAGAAGUCAGUUAAUAAUGCAACUAUGAAUUUCAAACGUUCCAAUCAAAAUUGGGUGGGAAAGAAAACCUGCACAGUAACUACACACAAACUCAAUAAAAAAAACAUUAUAAAACAUUUAACACAACUUAAAAAAAAAAAUUACACUACAAUGAAAUUCAUUAUAAAUA